AUGAAAUUUUUUUCUUGUCUUCGUCAUAAAAUAAAUUUUAAUCAUAGAAUACGAAAUGUCCGUUCAAAAUGUACGAGAGCGGCUGUAUUAAAAAUCCCAAAUGAACCAUUAGUUAUUGAAGAUUUUAAAAUAGCCGAUAAGCUUAAAGAAGGCCAAGUAAAUAUAAUAAAUAGUUAAUUAGUUCAAUUUUUAACCAAUUAAUUAUAUUUUCAGCUUAGGAUUGCUGUAAAGUAUUGUGCUGUAAACAUGUCCGAUGCUUUAAUUUGUUCUGGAUCAUCUGAAAUGAAACCAAAUUUGCCAAUUGUUCCUGGGUUUGAAAUUGUUGGUGAAGUGAUAGAAUCCAAAGCAAUGAAUUCCUGUGACGAAGAAGAAGAUAUUACAGUUGGAGAUCGAGUAUUGGUUUUAAACAAAGAAAUUAUGGGCGGAUUUGCUGAAGAAUGCAUUGUUCAUGAAAAAGUAUAUAAUUUUUAUUAAGCAACCAUACUUAACACAAUUAAAUAUUUUCUUUUUAUUUAGGAUGUUUUUGGGAUACCUUCAGAGUUAUCAUAUGAAAGUGCUGUUUCUAUUGGAGACAGUUAUGCAACAGCAUUAAUAGGAUUAGCUCGUCGUGCUAAUUUAAAAAAAGAUCAAACUGUUUUAGUAACUGCUGCUGCAGGAGGCUUAGGUUUAGCUGCUGUAGAUAUAGCUGCUAAUAUGUGUAAAGCUAAGGUAAUAAAUACUACAGAUGCAUGCACAAUUUAAACUGGGAAGAAUGUAAUAAUGUAGUAUGCCAUAUCAUAUUCUGAAUUAGAGUAUGAGCUUCAAUGCAUUUUAAUUUUACUUUUUCAUGAACUUGUUUUUUUUUUUCAUUUCUAAGAGCGUUUUUGAUUUGAUGCAUUAUUUACACUUUUUCAUUAUGACUGCGCUGCCAAUUUUGGACAGUUAAAAUAUUAGAAAUUCAUUUUUAUAAACUAAUUUUAUCAACUGAAAGUAAAUUAACACUAUGAUCAAUUAUUUAUUUUUAAAAACUCAUAGUGUUAUACUAAAUAUACAUGUAAUAGUUAAAUUAAUAUAAAUUACUUUAUUCAGGGUAGGGAUUAUUUUACUACUGAUUAAUGUGGAUUUACUUAUCAUUAAUUUGAGUAUUAACAAAUUAAUAUUCUACUACUUCUUUAUUGUGCUAUAUUUUAAACAGUUUAACUUAAUAAAAUAUAAAUAAAAUUAUUUCUGUAUGUAUUAAAUAAUACAAUUAUAAUGCAGUUUAAUAUUUAAGGUAAUUGGAGCUUGCCGACUUGAGAAAAAUACAUUUAUUGUACGAGAUAAAGGAGCUUUUAUUUCAUUUGAAAUUAAAAAUCCAGAAUCUUUAUGUAAAAGAGUAUUGAAAGAGACUGAAGGUAAAGGAGUAGAUGUAGUAUUUGAUGCUGUUGGCGGAGAAAUAUUCCCAUCGGCAUUGGAUUGGUAUAAUAUUUUUAAAAUAAAUUUUAUUAUUUAAAAAUAUACAUAUAUAACAAAUAUAUUUUUUAUUUCAGUGUUGGUCAUGAAGGAAAAGUAGUUGUAGCAGGUUUUAAUUCAUUACAACUUCCUCAGUUAAAUAUUAAUGAACUACUCCGCCGUCCUUCAUUUAGUUUAAUUGGCGUAUCAUUGAAUAAUUAUCGUACACAUUCAAUAAAUAUAUAUAGGUAAAUGUUAUUUUUAAAUCAAAUGAUUUAAAAUAUAUAAUUUAUACAAUUAAAUUAAUCAAAAAGUCAAUUAUUACAAUUGCUUUUUGAUGUAUGGCUUAUUAAUUCUGCAAAUUAUUUGGCCAAGUUAAGUGUCUUAGUACAUGUAAAGCAUUUUAAUUUUAAUUUUAAGAGUUCUGCCUUUGAGUUUAGUUUUCUGCGUGUAAACAAUUUUUCUACUAGAAAUCUUGCUCUAUUGUUACAAGUGUAGAACCUUUGAAAGUAAAUUCUAUCUAGUUGAUGCAUUUUUUAAUUUUUCGAAGGGUUUUCAAAAUAAUUUGGAAAAACCGGAACAAAAUUAUUUUUAAAACAGUAAAUAUUCACGUACUACAGAAGCACAUUAAUAACUUAAACAAAUAAUAUAUUAAAUAGAACAAAAGUUAUUUUAAGUAACAGAUUUCUUGGGGCACUUUGUUUAUAUAUUAAAAUUUCACACUAUAAUAUUUCUUUAAAAUUAUUUUCAAAGUAUUAAUAGAGUAAAAAAAAAUUACAUUUUUACUAACAAAACAGUUUUUAUAACAAUAAAUUAUUAAUGAUCAACUAAAAUUAAAUUUUUAAUAAUGCUAUGAAAAUAGACUAUUUUAAAUCAAAUAUUAAUUGUAAGUUUUUCUUUUAAAUUUUUUUAUAAUAUUGUCUACUUAAUCAUUAUAUGUUUACUAAAAAUUGUAUUUAAACUUGAUAAUGUGUGUGUGUAUUUAGUUUACACACAUAUAUGCCUUAAAUAUACAAUUUCAAUUUCAAGAUAAAUUAUAAUGUUUAUGCAUAAUGCAAAAUUAAACUGUUAAGGAUAAUAAUUCUCAUUAAACUUGUAGACCGGCACAGGAAUAAACAAAACUGAAGAGCAAUAAAUUGAUUAUCUAUUUUUAAAUGAUAAAUUGAUAACUUUUCCCUACUCUUCCAGUCUAAACUUUAAAUGGUCAUGAUUUAUAAAUAGUAAAUUUGAUAUUAGUGUUAUACAUAUCAACAUUUCUAAAAACAUAUUAUCUAUCCGUGUUCAAAAAGAGGAAUUCCUAUUUAAAAAAUAAAGUAGAUACUUAUUUAAGGUAAGUACAUAAAGUAAAAGUGGGUUUAAAAUAAAGCUUAAACGAUUCCACAAUAAUUUUUUUUAAAAAAAGAACAGAAAAUAUAUCCACCAAAAAAUUGCUGGUUCAUGAUAAAAAAUUACUGUAGAUUAGUACAAUUAUAAAAAUAUAAAUAUAAACUGAUUUAAGAACAUUCUAAACAAAGAAUGUCAAACUAUAAUAUAUGUAUCAUUGGUAGGUUAUGUAGAAAGCCGCAAGGUAGCAGAACUAGAAAUUAAUUAAUCAUUAUUUAUAGAAAUGUUUUUAAUGGAACUAAUGCUAUUUUUUUUUAUUAAUUGUAUCAUAGUAUUUUUCUGUCUUUCACAUUUUGAAAUAAAUGUAGACAUUAUCAAUAAUUAAAUGUUUAGUCUUAAAUGGUACGUGACAGAUCUAUAAUACAUAUAAUGGUACGCAAAAACAAGUUUAAAAAACUGUUUUGAAGUAAAUAAAAUGUUUCCACCUUGAUCUACAAGACAAAUAAAAUAUAAAAUUGCUUUCAAUUUAAUUUGGUGAUUCCCAUUUAUGAGUUUUUAUUUUUAUUGUUUUUUGUUAUGAUCUACUAAAAUGCCAUCAUGACCAAAUUUCUGAUGAACAAGUAAUCACAUAUUUUAGGGGAAACUACUUGUACCUAGUAAACUGUUUAUUGGUUUUGUCAAUAAUGACGAUUGUGUCUAUCAGUGCAAUAUUAUAACAUACUCCUCAAAAUUAUGUUUACAAUUUUUUUCCAGGCAAUCUGUUAAAGAUGUAUUAACAAUGUGUAAAAUGGGAAUGAUAAGUCCAAAUGUAUCAGAAACAUUAAAACUUGAACAAGUAAAUGAAGCUUUAGAGCAUUUUUCAACUGACAAAAGUAGUGGCAAAAUUAUAUUAAAAGUUGCUGAUUAA